AAUUUGUGUGCAGGGACCAUGUCGCUGCAACGGGUUAUUACGGUAGCUGUGCUGACAGUCACAAUCUGUGUGGCAAUAAAUGCCACUUCGUUAACAGAGGCAGAAAUAGAGAUGAGAAAUGACGUGUUACAUGGACUCAGACAAUUCGAUGAAACAGGGAAACUCACAGAACAGUUUAUUGCAAUAAUCAAGCAACUGCCUUUGUCAACUCUCUUCAGCAUGAACUCAAGAACAGAAAUCAUAAAACGUGACAAUAUAAUAUGUUCAGCAUGCAUCGCAGUGGUAAAUGCUCUGACAGAUUACAUAAAUACUCAUUCAAGUGAGGAUCUAUUGAGCCUUAUAAGUAAACUAUGCAUUGAUGUGGUAAAAUACGACGAAGAAGUAUGUUCUGGGGUCAUUAGUCUGAACUUGGAUUCAGCGUUGUUCAUAUUUAAAAAUACCAACGACAUCACUGCCAGCCGAGUCUGUGGAAUCGUACUUCAGGAUUAUGAGUGUUCAAAAGAUGACCCCAGUCUUGAAUGGACUAUACAAAUUCCACCUGGACCAGCACCAGAAGUCAACAGAAUUGAAAACGUGAAAGCAGAUGCUGACGAUCCUCUGACAAUCAUUCAGCUGUCAGACAUUCACCAUGAUCCAGUAUAUUUACCAGGAGGGAACGCGGUAUGUGCUGCACCGAUGUGCUGCAGAAGCGAUCAAGGUACACCAGCAAACCCUGGAGCAGCAGCUGGUUUUUGGGGUGAUUACAGGAGCUGUGAUUUACCGUGGAAUGUUUUUAAUGAUACAGUGCAACAAAUCAAAAGAACUCAUCAGAACAUUGAUUUUAUCUACGUUACUGGAGAUAUUGUAGACCAUUCAGUAUGGAGUACAAGUAUUACAGCAAACAGUGAUGUAAUAACAAAAGUUAUGAAUGAACUGAAAGAAGAAUUUCCAGACACGCCAAUAUAUCCAAUUCUUGGAAACCAUGAACCAAGUCCACUAAAUGUGUUUGCACCACAUUACAUUACCGAUGAGACUAUUUCCACAAAAUGGUUAUAUGAAUUGAUAGCAGAUCUGUGGUCUGUUUGGCUGCCGGAAGAAGCUAAACAAACUAUAUUACACGGAGGAUUCUACACUGCGCUGGCAAAACCUGGUUUCCGAAUUAUAGCCCUCAACAACAACGUCUGCUACACCUUUAAUUGGUGGUUGAUUCACAGUCCUAAGGAUCAAGAUGAACAGCUACAGUGGUUGGCUGACACACUGCUACAAGCUGAGCAAGAAGGAGAAAAGGUUCACAUUCUUGGUCAUAUUCCCUCAGGAAGUUCAGAAUGUAUCAGGACUUGGAGUAGAGAAUUCCGUAAGAUCAUUGACAGGUUUGAAAACACAGUUGCAGCUAUCUUCAACGGACACACACAUAAUGAUCACUUUCAUGUCUAUUAUUCCAUUAAUGAACCAACUCGUCCCAUCAGUGUUGCACUCAACGGAGGAAGUGUAACCCAAUUCAGUAACCUAAACUCUAAUUACAAGACCUACAGUGUGGAUUCUGACACUUUUGGCAUUCUAGACAGUGAAUCGUGGAUCUUCAAUCUGGCGGAAGCUAACAAAGACGUGACCGUGAAUCCAACUUGGUUUAAACUAUACUCAUUCAAAGAUGACUAUGGAGUGAAGUCUCUGUCCCCUGAAGAACUGCAUAAAUUGACCCACAAACUGGCUGGCAACUCAAGUCUUAUAAAGGAAUACUCAAGGCAUUAUGUAAAAGAUGCUGCAAGUGGAUGUGACAGUGGAUGCCUAAGAAACAGACUCUGUUACACUGCAACCACAGAAGUUGGAGACUACACUCAAUGUGAUAUACUACUACAAGAGUUUGAGAGCAAUAAUCCCUAAUCAAAGGUUGAUAAAUUGUCAUUGACUUCAGACAUAAUACAUACUGUAAUCAGGCUAAUAAGUUUAUAUACACUCAUCAGAUGAACACAAAGAUAUAGGAAACUAGAAACUUUCAAGUAAAAAAAAAAUAACUUUGAGAAGACUUUAAUAUUCAUAAAUACAUUAUACCCAGCAACUGCACUCAAUGUAAUGAGUUAAGGUGAUAAACAUUUCAAUUUAGGUGACAAAGUCAAUUCAGAUUAAUAUUACGCCAUAAAGCCUAAAACAAAUAGAAGGCACACAGUGACUUUGUUUUAAACAUUAUGUUCUUGUGUUAAUUUUAAAAUCAUGGUUACGCAGGAAACAAUGGCAUUUCUGUUGGUAAAGACUUGCAUUACCAUGUAAACUCUGCAAACUAAAACCGUAAGACACAUCACUCGUGAAUAAAUGAUGAUAACAGGUUUAUGAUAGUUAUUUGUUUCGAAACAUAAUUUACUGCACAUAUGUGCAAAACUUCUACAUGCAUGUUUCAAUUAGAACAUACAUAAUAAAAAUCAAUCAAUGUCUUCAUAUUA